UGUUCUUGUCUUUUUGGUCGCCAUUGUUUGAGAAGCUAUAUGCUAUAAAUCGCCUCUCAGUUGAUUGUCUUUGCCUAAGAAAUUUAAUCGUCAGGUAGCCAUCAUGUCUUCGUGGCUCACUACUACCGCAACACUGCAAAAUGUAACCACUCUGCCUCCAGAAGUGUCACUCGCCAGAGCCCUGGAAGUCAUACAGAAUCACAAAAUUCACAUGCAGUGCGAUCCUCACAUGGUCAAAUUCGAGUCGGUCCCUCAGCCGUCAAAGGUUGUGACGCCCACUGUUCCAACGGACCGAGGAAUUGUCGCCGUGGGAGAGGCUGCGUACUACUCGGUGACGGACAAGGUACACACGCUCCCUGCAGGCCUCUGGGACUCCAACGUUGAGAGUAUAAACGAAUUCGUGACGCUGGAAAAGGGUGUUUUUGUGAGGCUUUACAGCCCUCUCAACGUGGUGAUGGAGACGGUCUGGACUGUGAGAGCAAACGGCAAUGGCGGGGUAGAUCUGAUCGAAGACGUGGUGAUCAAGGCGUCCCGACUACUGGUGGGCACGAUUAAGAACAUGUGCAACACGAACUGGAGCACCUUUCACGGUAAGAUAGUGGACAUGAUGAAGGAGGUUCCGGCACAAUAAGGGGACGAUACUGGUAUAUCGGCAUUGGCUUGAGCAAUAUGAAAACUAAUACGACUGUGUUUCAUCACCC